AAACUAACCAUUCACGUAGUUUGGUUGAGUCUUGGUGUAUUUAAUGUUGCCAAUAACGAGGUGUUUUGUUUUGUUUUCUUUGGUUUUGUUUUGUUUUUGGAAGGCAGUACAGGUUGUGCUGCAAUUAGUUCAUUGAAAAAUCAUAGCCCGUUGUGUGGUCGGGCCGAGACAGUUUUUGUUUUUCUUCUGUCUCUCUCUGCUGUUAACAUCUCAGAGCUGCAACAAUGCCUAAAAGAAAGGCUGCAGAUCAAGGUGAUAUGAAGCAGGAGCCAAAGAGAAGAUCAGCCAGACUAUCUGCUAUGCCUGUGCCCAUUACACCAGAAUCGAAGCCCAAAAGAACAUUAACUCCAAAGGCACCAGAUCCUGAAAAAGAAAUGAAAGAAAAAAAAGAAGAAAAAACCAAAGAUGCCAAAGAAGAGGGAAAACAAAAUAAAGAACCAGUGGCAGAUGAAGGGAAAAAAGAUAAGAAAGAAGAUGGAAAUCAAAGUAAGGGAGAAGAAAAAGGAGAAGCUGGAAAGGAAGACAAAGCUGGAAAAGGGAAAGAAGACAUAAAUGAAUAUGAUGAUAGAACAGAGAAAGAAGAUGAAGAAAAGGGAGGGGACAAAAGAGAAAGAGGUGAUAGAAAUGGCAAAAGAGAAUAUGACAAAAAGGAAGAUAAAAAAGAGAGUAAUGAAGACAGAGGAUACAAAGACGGAAAAGAGAGAGGAGAUGAUAAAAAGCAGGGAGAAGCCAUGAAAGAGGAAGGAGAUGAGAAAAAGAAUGAAGAUGGAAAAGGCGACGAAGAGAGAAAAGAAGAUGAAGGUGUGAAUGAGAAAGAAGACAGAGAAAAAUUAGGAGAUGAUGGAAAAGAGGACAAAAGUGAAAAAGAGGGAGAAGAUGGAAAGAAACAUGGACAAGGAGAUCAGAAAGAUGGAGGAAAUGGAAAGAAAUAUGAGAGUGAAGCUGGAAAACAAGAUGAAAAGGAAGAGUUCAAAAAAGAAGAUGAAAUAAAAGAAACAUCUCAGAGUAUUGUUUAAAUCUGCCCAUAUCAGUUAAUAAUUUGGUAAUAUGUAUCUCCAUAUUAUAAUGUUAAUAGAGAUGAAUAUUUUUAUCAAAUAUUUUAUAAA